GGCUGCGCGCUCAGUGCGCGCCUCCGGAUAGCGGCCUGGGUCCCGCCCGGGGCGGAGGGCCCUCCAGGGCCGGGAAAACUGCGAUUCCCGGCAUGCCCUGCCACGGGUGCGCCUGCGUACGGGAGCUACCGCGCUGGAGAGCGGGUGCAUAUGGAAACUACGAUGUCCAGACCAGUCCUCUGUCCAGCCCGCAUCAAUGCUACAGCUUCUGAAACAUUCAUGGUACUUCAGCAAAGGAUGAGAAUAGUUGAGGAACAGACCAGUUCUCUGAGGAAUGACCUAAUAAUGUUGGACUUUGGUGAAAAAGGAGGCCACUUGCAAACUCCAAAAUGUUUAGAGGAGCCUGUGAGCCAGAACAUCAUUAGCCCUAUCCAGAAUGAAAUAAUUUGUUCAGGAAAAACAGAUAUUUUAUGGAAGAACUGUGAGUUUCUGGUAAAUCGAAUGUGCCGUCUGGAAAGCCUCAUCCAGUCCUUGAAGAUGAACAUCUGUCUGCAAACUGAAAAAGAUUUGAACCCACAGAAAACAGAUUUUCUGAAGGAAAAACUGAAUACAAUACAGGAGGAGCAUUCCAGGGACCUGAAGCUGUUGCAACUGGAAGUGAUGAAUUUGCGCCAGCAACUAAGAGAUGUAAAAGAGAAAGAAGACAAGGCACAAGAUGAGGUGCAAAGGUUGACUGUGACUCUGCAGCUUGCCUCAGAGACAAAGAUUUGAAAGAAUGCAGCCAUUAUUGAAGAGGAACUGAAGACCACAAAAUGUAAAAUGAACCUUAAAAUUCAGGAGCUAAGGAGACAACUGUCUCAAGAGAAGCACCUAAGGGAAUCUGUUGAGAAACCUGGAUCAGCCAUGCUACUCAAAAUACAAGAAAUGGGAUCAACAGUGGAGGUGGAACGGAAACAGGUGCAAAUUUUGCAGCAAAACUGCAUUGCCCUACGCAUUUCUAUUCAGACCAACCAAGAACUACUGGCACAGGAGCGACAACAGAAAGGGGAGUUGGAGACCGCUACCUCACAGCUCAAGUCUGAUCUAGUUUCUAGAGAUGACCUCAUUUCCAAGUUGGUUGAAGAAAAUAAGAAUAUACAGAUGUCUUUCAACAAGGAACAUGAAGAAAAUGCAUAUUUGAGGUCUGAAAUAAUAUCCCUUCAUGAAGCAUCAGAAAAAGCACAGGUUUUGAAUGACCAACUGACUAGAAAGUGUUCAGAGCUGAACAGAAUGCUUCAGACUGUUAGAAUGGAAAAUACCAGAAUCAUUGCUGACCACCAAGCCAUUCUGCAGGAAGAACAGAAAAUGAUGACACAGACAUUUCAAGAACAAAACUUACUGCUGGAUGCAGCCCAUGCCAGUAUCACAAAUGAGCUACAGACUGUUCAGAAUGAGAAAACACAACUCCAAAUGCAUCUGGACCAUUUAAUCCUUGAGUAUAACCAGUGUAUCCAGAAAGCACAGGAUGCUGAGAAGAGGGCAGCUGUACAAAAAGAGCUGCUAGAAUCAACUAUUGCAAGAUUGCGAAGUGAACUGGAAGCAUCAAUACAAGAGAAGACCUCUCUGCUAGAGGAGAAAGAAGGACUUCAGAGAGAGGUUAAUAAAACCGAGAAAGAAAUAGCAGAAGAAAAAUGCAACUUGGAAAAGGAAUUAGCUAAAAGCAAGCUUGCCCAACAGCAGGUGGAAAAUGUCUUGGGAAAAAUUACUGAGAGUAAAAAUAAACUGGCCUAUGAAAAGGGAAGACUACAGAUAAAAGUUAAGCAGCUAGAAGAACAACUACAUUCUUUUACUGAAACCAGUUCACAGAACGACCAUCUACGCAAGUUCAGUAAGGCACUAGAGGGCAAAUAUGCUCAGGUGAAAUCCAUUCUUGAAAAGAAUGAAGGGGAGCUCUCACGAGUUGUGAAGGUUCGUGCUGCAGCCCUGAAAGAGACUCAGAAGUUGAAAGGUGACCUCGAAGCUUUGGAGGACAGGGGGAACAAGAAGGUGGGAAACUUUCAGCAACAACUGGCAGAAGCUAAAGAAGACAACUGCAAAGUUACAAUCAUGUUGGAGAAUGUGUUGGCUUCUUACAGUAAGAUGCAAGGCGCUCUGGAAAAAGUGCAAACAGAGCUUGGGCAGAGGGAUUCAGAGAUUGCAGGCCUCAAGAAAGAAAGGGCUCUACAUCAACAGCGGGUACAGAAGCUGGAAGCAGAAGCGGACCAGUGGCAGGCCAGAGUCCUUGUCGUGGAGGCCCAGCACAACAGUGAGAUGGAGCCUCUACAAAAAGCUCUGGAUGUAGCUAGAGAAGACAACAGGACACUGGCUAUGAGCCUGGAGCAAGCUCUCCAGACAAAUCAUCAUCUGCAAACAAAGCUUGAUCAUGUUCAAGAGAAACUGGAAAGCAAAGAACUUGAGCGACAGACUUUGGAAACCUUCAAAGAACAGAUGAGUGAAGAAUCCAAAAUAGAAGCAGAACUGCAUGCUGAACGCAUAGAUGCUCUAAGAAAGCAGUUUCAAAUUGAGAGAGAAACUGCAAAGAAAGCAGCACAACGGGAAGUGACUGAGCUGAAGAAAGCCCUUGAUGAAGCCAACUUCAGAUCAGUGGAGGUAUCCCGGACCAACCGAGAGCUGCGGCAGAAACUUACAGAGUUGGAAAAGACACUGAACAGCAGCAAGGACAAAAUAAAGAGUCAAAAGGCCCAAAUUAAGCUCCACUUGUCAGCUAAGACGAAUAAUGCUCAGAAUACAGAGAGGAUGAAGCAAAUAGAAACAGAAUUGAGGCAAAUGGAGAUAAUUAAGGAUCAAUAUCAGAAAAAAAACUAUGAACAGUCACUGAGUAUCCAGAAAUUUGUAUCUGAAAUGACUAACCUACAGAAGGAGAUGCAGCUGUUGGCCAAGAGCCAAUAUGAUCUGUCAGCUCGGAAUAAACAGCAAGAGCUGCGACUCGAGGCAGAGUGGAAGAGGAGGCGGGAGCUGGAGCGUCGGUGCCAGGAAUUGGAAGAAACUAUUAGACAUCUGAAGAAAUGUAAAGAGGCAACAGAGAAUAAACUGAAAGAAGCUAGUGUGGAAUCAGAACAGAUAACAGCUAACCUGGAAGAAGCUCAGCGCUGGUUUAACUGCAGACUCGAUGGCCUACAACUUGAGCUGACCAAAAACCGGUUGCAGAGGGAAGACAGGUGGCGGGAAAAGGACCAAGAUAAAAGGCACAACGGCGUAUCCAAUCAGUCUGCUCUACAUCGAUGGGAGAAUAAACAGAAUCUUAGACUUGUGCCCAAGAAGUGUCAUUCUGAACUAAAGAGAAAGUGAUUUCCUUGACAGAGGAGCUUCUUCACUUAGAACAGCUACAUCACCCUGAUUCCCUGAGCCCAGCAACUAGGGCUGGGCUGUUUCCAGCGUCAUCAGAACAUGAAGUCUUUGAUGUGGACUGAAGAUUUUGGACCUGAGUUUAUCCUUUUAUGAACUCUUUGAUAUCAAUAUAGAACCACCCCAUCUUUUUUGUCCCUUUCCCCCCAAUAAAUUUAUAUUAAUGUGUUGUAUGA